AUGUCGGGUGGUGGUAACAUUAAAGUGGUGGUUAGAUGUCGUCCCCUCAAUUCGAGAGAACUGACUCGUGGGGCAAAAUGCCUAAUUGAAAUGCAUGGCAAUCAAACAAUCCUUCACAGGCCUGACUCGUCAGAUCCCGGUAAUGCAAAGGCCACGAAAAAAGAAGAUAUGGCUUUUACGUUCGAUAAAUCGUAUUGGUCGGCUGACAAGAGUGCCCCAAACUAUGCUGAUCAAAAGACUUUGUACGAGGAUCUUGGCGUCGAGCUACUCAAUCAUUCAUUCGAAGGUUAUAAUACCUGUAUCUUUGCAUAUGGACAGACUGGUUCAGGAAAAUCUUAUUCGAUGAUGGGAUAUGGCGAAGACAAAGGCAUAAUCCCGUUGACAUGCAGUGCUCUGUUCGAACGCAUCAGCAACAACAACGAUCGAAACAUUACGUACAAAGUUCAAGUGUCGUAUAUCGAAAUUUACAAUGAACGUGUUCGUGAUUUGCUUAACCCAAAGAACAAGGGUAAUCUCAAAGUUAGAGAACAUCCUGUACUCGGUCCAUACGUCGAAGAUCUGUCAAAGUUGUUGGUCAAUUCAUUCGAAGAUAUAGAAAAUCUUAUGGAUGAGGGUAACAAGGCAAGAACGGUUGCUGCUACAAACAUGAACGCAACUUCAAGUCGUUCGCAUGCUGUCUUUACCUUGUUACUUACACAAAAACGUCUAGAUGAGGAAACAAAAAUGGAAACGGAAAAAGUAUCCCGCAUCAGGUUGGUCGAUUUAGCUGGGUCUGAACGUGCCAAUUCUACUGGUGCAACUGGAGAUCGUCUGAAGGAAGGUGCCAAUAUAAACAAAUCCUUAACGACUUUGGGGAAGGUUAUUGCUGCAUUGGCCGAUCAACCGUCUGGUUCUGACAUGGUUGCUGAAGGAUAUACUCUGAGAUAUGCCGAUCAGGCCAAACGUAUCAAGAACAAGGCCAUCGUCAACGAAGAUCCUAAUGCCAAACUUAUUCGUGAACUUAAGGAAGAAUUGUCACAAUUGCGCGCUAAGCUCGGUAUUAGCCCUGGUGAUAUGUCAUAUAGUAGAGGAACCGGCGGUGAUUCCGAAGAAAUUGUUGUUCUCCAAGACAAGGAGGGUAACAUGAUUAAGAAAUCGAAAGGAGAACUUAUGGAUCAACUUCAAGCUUCCGAGAAAUUGAUGAAUGAAGUAAAUGAGAGUUGGGAAGAAAAAUUACGUCGUACACAAGAAAUUCAGCAUGAACGUGAAAAGGUUUUAGAAGAACUUGGUAUCAUGGUCGAGAAAAAUGCCGUUGGUGUUCAUCCACCCAAGAAAGUUCCUCACUUAGUAAAUCUUAACGAAGAUCCUUUGAUGUCAGGAUGUCUG